AACCAACCCACAGUGUGUAGCUGGAACGCAGACAGCAAUAUUAUUGUGGGAUACAGUCUUCACUGCACAGUCCCUCGAAACGGCUCUCCGUACACGUAACAAUAUUCUGGAUGCAUGCGACGUUGAUCUUCUUAUGUGGUUUUUCGGUCAUGUAUUUUUUUUUUUGUAGUGUGGACUACAUUAUGUGCACAUCGAGAAUAUUUUAAUCUCUUCCGUAUUUCUGUCUGUCUGGAUUUGGGAGUCUACAGAUAACUGUAGCCACUUUUUGAUCAAGGCUUCAAAUAUUUCCUUUUGAUAGCACAAUUGGGUAAACAUUUUGAUAUUCUUACGUGGAUAUACUUGGACUUUUUCACGGUUUCAGCCUAGUUGGGUGAAGGGACCGUUUUUCAAUCCACGCACAUCGCUCCCGUUGCAGUGUUUCGUUCUGCACGGUUCGAUAGUAUCCUAUAAAUUUGACCAGAGCAUUUUCUCAGAAAUACACUUUUCGUCUGAUCUGAUGUAUUGCGCGGCGCAGUGCAUGUUGAUAAGUACGAUGUAUUAUUCUUAAAAACUAGGAUUGUGGAGGUCAUUAUCAGCCAAUCAUAAUGGCAAACGACGACAACCGCUGUAUAGUGGAAAAGUACAUUUGUCACAAACUCUUGAAAAGGGGAUAUGCGUGGGAUUUCGAGAAUGCCGAGGAAGAUGCUGAUAAUAAUGGGUCGAUGAUUUCUCCUCCGCCUGGUUUGGCACGGCGGUGCCACGGGGCCAAUAACGCCAGACCGGGCAGCGUCCCCCAUCUUUCCAAACGGCUCUCCCAAACGGACCCGCAUGCAGCUAUUCACAGAGUUUUGCGUGAGGCCGGGGACGAACUCGAACGACUGUACCAGCCCGACUUUGCGGAGAUGUCAAACCAAUUGUAUCUCACGUCUUCUAUGGCAGAAAGGAGAUUCAGAGAGGUGAUAGACGAGCUGUUCAGGGACGGGGUUAACUGGGGACGAAUUGUCGCCUUCUUCGAGUUCGGUGGCACAAUAUGUGUGGAAUGCGUGAACAAGGAAAUGACGUCGCAGGUUGACCACAUCGCGGGGUGGAUGACGGAGUAUCUAAAUGGACCGCUGCACAACUGGAUUCAAGCGAACGGGGGAUGGGAGGCCUUUGUUGAGCUCUAUGACAGACAGAGGGACUCCGUGUUCUGUUCAUGGCCGUCCAUCAAGACCGUCUUUGGCCUGGCUGCACUGGGGGCCGCAAGCCUUACCAUCGGAGCUUACCUUACACAGAAGUGAAGGAGUCCCCCCCCCUCUCUUUCUUUUUGUCCUCCCUCCCUCCUGCUCUCACUCCUUUCUCUUUUCAAAGGCCCACUCCAAGAUCCCCAACCUGCCUGUCUUCAAAGCUUCUCUCCCCGUUCUCGGAAAAAACUCCCUAUUCCUCACCCAUCACUUAAAAAAACAGACACAAAUCAAACAACAGCAGGAAACGGAGUCACUGCCCACACAGAAGAAAAUAUGUCAUGAAAGUCGUGCCAUUUAACUGUAAUCACAAAAAGUUUGCCUUGAAAAGAGACGAGAGGAAGGGAGGGUUGGUGUCAUUUUUGUUCUGCCUGCUUGAGUACUAGUUGUAGCAUGAAACCUUUGUGUGCUCGUGUAGACUUGUGUAGCAUGUGUCGGUGAGGCAAUAGAAAGCAUAGACACUCUUAGAAGAAGGGUUCCAAAAUGGUUCCUCGGCUGUCCCCAUAGGAGAACCCUUUUUGGUUUCAGGUAGAACUGUUUGGUGUUCCAUGUAGAACCCUCUGUGGAAAGGAUUCUACAUGGAACCCAAAAGGGUUCGACCUGGAACCAAAAAUGUUUUUUCAAAAGGUUCCGCUAUGGGGACUCCCUUCAACCCGCCUUCAAAGGACUUCCUCCACACAACAGCUGCUCUGAAUGUAUAAUGGAAGGAGCUCGCUACUAACCAGCACAGUGUGUCUGUCCACCCACCGCUUCUAUCCUGCAAUAUACCAGGAUACCCGGAGCAUCACUGAACUCUGAACACAGAACAGUUAGUUACACACACCAGCUCUGACAACACGUCUUCUAGGCGCCACAGACGCAACUUGCUCUGCCUCUCUUAGAGAGAUCUGUUGGACAAUGCAGUAGAGUCACUUUUUUUGCAUUUGGUAUUGAAGAGAGAAUAGAGGGAGGUAUUAAAGAGAGGACAGAGGGAGGUAUUGAAGAGAGAAUAGAGGGAGUUAUUGAAGAGAGAAUAGAGGGAGGUAUUAAAGAGAGGACAGAGGGAGGUAUUGAAGAGAGAAUAGAGGGAGGUAUUAAAGAGAGGACAGAGGGAGGUAUUAAAGAGAGAAUAGAGGGAGGUAUUGAAGAGAGAAUAGAGGGAGGUAUUGAAGAGAGAAUAGAGGGAGGUAUUACAGAGAGAAUAGAGGGAGGUAUUGAAGAGAGAAUAGAGGGAGGUAUUGAAAAGAUGAGAGAGGGAGGUAUUGAAGGCGUGAACAGCAGGUUGGUUAGAGCUUUUGGCAGCCCAAACCCCUGUUUGAUCAGAUGUUUCUGACAGAAAGUGAAAAAUAUUAUUCCACCGAGCUGGAUUUCUGGCUUAGUCGAGAUCAGAGGGGGAUCGAGGGAUAGAGGUAGAUACAGAGAAAGAGAAUGUGUGAGAGACAAAAAGAGGGAGAGAAAGAAUGAGCAGAAAUGUGGAUACAGACAAAAAGAGAAAAAGGUGUUGGGGUCAAACAUAAGAUGUGGAUUCAUUCCAAAGGUUCAGUGACAGUGAGCCUCCCUCUCCAGUUGCAAGAGUCCUCUACAGCCUGUUCUAAGAUGUCUCACUUAGAGGAAGAACUGUGUCCCUGAAUGGCCUGGCAUGGUUCUGUUUGGCCUCACGUCACUCCAUCCCCGUCAGAUGUCUCUGGAAUGCAUUUUUUGUACUCUCACUGCCUCUUUUUAUUACUCUCUCUCUCCCUCUCCCUCUACCUCUCCCUCUACCCCUCCCUCUCUCUCUCUCUCUCUCUCUCUCUCUCUCUCUCUCUCUCUCUCUCUCUCUCCCUCUCUCUCCUCCCCUGCCCAUAUGUAUGACCAGAACUCAAGGUCUCACCCACACAAACCAAGCCACCGCUGAAAGGGGACUGAACCAAACUGCCAAAUCUCCCAGAACAUGUCCUCCAGCUGCUGCUGGGCUCUGAUCUAGGGGACAAAGAGGCCCCACAUACCACCCAACGGCCUACGCUAAUGGUUGAUUCCACAUUUAGGAGGACCUCCGAAUGUGCACCUCUCUCAGUUUCUCAAACCGUAGCAGACUCCAACAUGGGAUACCCAACAAGAAAAAUCCCUAUUGGACACAAAGACUCUCUAUUGUUUUGAAGUGACUCUUUAGAGUAAACAAUCAUUUCCCAGAAUACUUUAGGUGUUUGUCUAGUGUUGGAGAUGACAUAACCUUCUUGGAAAGGCUUACUAUCCAUAAUAUUUACUAUUUUGCUCUCUCUUUCACACACACACGCACACACACACGUUUAUGUAGAUAAGUAUGUGUCGAGAAAAUGUUGUUAACUCAUCGCAAUGAUUUCUCUCACCAAAAAUCUCUCUCUUUGUUUCGGUCUUCUUUAAUCAACGCAAAACACAUGUCGUCUGAGGUUUUCAUAGAAUGAGUAUUCACUAUGUAUACCCAUAUUUAUGUUAAAUGUUACACAUACCAACUUAUGAUUUUUAUUUAUUGAGAGGUACCAGAACACAGAUAUUUAAAUCAUAGAUGAGAUGAAAAGUUAAGAUCAUGGAGACACUCAAAUGUCUUGAGAAAUUGUAUAUUUCAUUUUAUUCAAGGAACCACAUUGUAACAACACACUAUUUGGGGCUGCUAUUGUAUCAACAGUAGAGUAACAUUUCUGUGUAAGACAUGUUAAUGUGUUAAUAUUGGUUUAACACUGCUGUACUGUAUUAGUCCUGAUUUAACUCACAGCUUCAAACUGCCACACAGAUACAGUAUUGUUAUAGAAAGCUGUAAACCAAAGUGAACCUGUAAGUAACAUUGUGUAGCAUGAAGAGAUAAACACAUGCCAAUUCACUUUCACUUCUUUUAAAUGUUGUCGGAGUGAGAUUUUGCAGGAAAGGUUGUUGUAAAGACAAUGUCUGGCAACCUAUUCCCUUUAUAGUGCACUACUUUUGACCAGGGACCAAAGGACUCCAUAGUAAAGUAGUGCACUAUGCCAGGAAUAGGAUGCUAUUUGGGAGACAGUAAAUAUUAGCCUGCUUGGUGUUGUUCAUAACAUUGCAGUAGAUACCGUAGCACCCGAAUGCAUGCAUCUGGACAUGUGUUAACCGGUGCUUGAUUGAUAUACAUGUAUGUGUGGUAAUUGUUAACAUAGUAAUGAAUUCCUUCUCAAGCUUAUGUAGUGACAGAAACGUCUCCACAUCUUGUGCUUUGACCUGCUAGAUUCUAUCAUCAUAACCAAGGGCACCAUUCUUUUUCUAUUAUAGCAGAGGUCAAUCCCCCUACUCAUGAUAAACCCUUCUAUUAUAACAGAGGUCAAUCCCCCUACUCAUGAUAAACCCUUCUAUUAUAGCAGAGGUCAAUCCCCCUACUCAUGAUAAACCCUUCUAUUAUAACAGAGGUCAAUCCCCCUACUCAUGAUAAACCCUUCUAUUAUAACAGAGGUCAAUCCUCCUACUCAUGAUAAACCCUUCUAUUAUAACAGAGGUCAAUCCCCUUACUCAUGAUAAACCCUUCUAUUAUAACAGAGGUCAAUCCUCCUACUCAUGAUAAACCCUUCUAUUAUAACAGAGGUCAAUCCCCCUACUCAUGAUAAACCCUUCUAUUAUAACAGAGGUCAAUCCCCCUACUCAUGAUAAACCCUUAUAUUAUAACAGAGGUCAAUCCCCCUACUCAUGAUAAACCCUUCUAUUAUAACAGAGGUCAAUCCCCCUACUCAUGAUAAACCCUUCUAUUAUAACAGAGGUCAAUCCCCUACUCAUGAUAAACCCUUCUAUUAUAACAGAGGUCAAUCCCCCUACUCAUGAUAAACCCUUCUAUUAUAGCAGAGGUCAAUCCACCUACUCAUGAUAAACCCUUCUAUUAUAACAGAGGUCAAUCCCCCUACUCAUGAUAAACCCUUCUAUUAUAACAGAGGUCAAUCCCCCUACUCAUGAUAAACCCUUAUAUUAUAACAGAGGUCAAUCCACCUACUCAUGAUAAACCCUUCUAUUAUAACAGAGGUCAAUCCCCCUACUCAUGAUAAACCCUCCUAUUAUAACAGAGGUCAAUCCCCCUACUCAUGAUAAACCCUUCUAUUAUAACAGAGGUCAAUCCCCCUACUCAUGAUAAACCCUUCUAUUAUAAGAGGUCAAUCCCCCUACUCAUGAUAAACCCUUCUAUUAUAACAGAGGUCAAUCCCCCUACUCAUGAUAAACCCUUCUAUUAUAGCAGAGGUCAAUCCACCUACUCAUGAUAAACCCUUCUAUCAUGAGUAGAGGUCAAUCCCCCUACUCAUGAUAAACCCUUCUAUUAUAACAGAGGUCAAUCCCCCUACUCAUGAUAAACCCUUCUAUUAUAAGAGGUCAAUCCCCCUACUCAUGAUAAACCCUUCUAUUAUAGCAGAGGUCAAUCCCCCUACUCAUGAUAAACCCUUCUAUUAUAACAAAGGUCAAUCCCCCUACUCAUGAUAAACCCUUCUAUUAUAACAGAGGUCAAUCCCCUACUCAUGAUAAACCCUUCUAUUAUAACAGAGGUCAAUCCCCCUACUCAUGAUAAACCCUCCUAUUAUAACAGAGGUCAAUCCACCUACUCAUGAUAAACCCUUCUAUUAUAACAGAGGUCAAUCCCCUACUCAUGAUAAACCCUUCUAUUAUAGCAGAGGUCAAUCCCCCUACUCAUGAUAAACCCUUCUAUUAUAACAGAGGUCAAUCCCCUACUCAUGAUAAACCCUUCUAUUAUAACAGAGGUCAAUCCCCCUACUCAUGAUAAACCCUUCUAUUAUAACAGAGGUCAAUCCCCUACUCAUGAUAAACCCUUCUAUUAUAACAGAGGUCAAUCCCCCUACUCAUGAUAAACCCUUCUAUUAUAACAGAGGUCAAUCCCCCUACUCAUGAUAAACCCUUCUAUUAUAACAGAGGUCAAUCCCCCUACUCAUGAUAAACCCUUCUAUUAUAACAGAGGUCAAUCCCCCUACUCAUGAUAAACCCUUCUAUUAUAACAGAGGUCAAUCCCCCUACUCAUGAUAAACCCUCCAGUGAUAUGUUCAUGUGAAAACAGAAAUUAGUAUGACAUUUUUUUCAGGAGUUUAAACACAAGAUAAAAGUCAUUGACUUGUUCAUAAAUAACAUGUGUAAAGGUUUGUAUGUGAGGAGGAGUCAUUUGAAGUAUAAAGUCAUUCUUAUAUUCCCUUCUGUGAUUCUGUUUAAAUGGGUGGAGCCUACAUCACACCAUGGUUAUAGUGUUGUAAAUAUAAUCCUCAACCUGUGGCACUUAAGAGGUCAAAUCAAAUGUGUCGCCAUUGUUUAUGCCAUGUAUGUAUCACAAUAAGCUAGAUGGGAUCAUGCUGUUCCCAAUAAACCACAUCUUUCCUGCA